GGGCUGACUUCAUGUAUAUGGCUCCACCCUUCAUGGCUUACUUUGCGGCGACCUCCGGUAAUGCCUCUCUUCUCCAGGCCAGCUACGAGCAGUGCGGGCUGUAUCGUGAAGUUCUUCUGUUUGGCUCGAAUGCGACCACGUUUUCCCCGGUCAACUCAUCAGCGACAUCGGGUCGCUGGCAUCACAUUGUGGGACCUCAAUCCGCGGACCUAGGUCUCUGGAGCACCGGCAAUGGUUGGGCUGCAGCUGGAAUGACUCGGGUGCUCGUCACCGUCAUGCACGCGCCCAUAGCGAAUAGCACUGGAUGGGCACCCGCUGCUAUCAGCGACUUGACAGCCUGGAUCAAGGAGAUCAUCGACGGCGCACGUGCAUCGCCUUUGGACAAUGGUCUCCUGCGGAAUUAUCUGGACGAUACCGAUUCUGCUGCUGGAUUUGGCGAAACAUCUGGGAGUGCACUCUUGGCCUCUGUCGUCUACCGUAUGGUGAUACUCGCCCCUACCGAAUUUCCGGCAGCGAUCUACGUCCCUUGGGCUGACGCACUCCGUUCUGUCCUGGCCAAACACGUCUCUCGGGAUGGAAUAGCUGCCCCAGCGGUCAAUCCGUUGAGCUGGCUUGAUCCCACACCUUGGAUGACUGGGAGUCCUGAAGGUCAAAACUUCUUUGUUCUGCUGUAUGCUGCUUGGAGGGAUUGCAUCUUUUCUGGGCUGUGCAAGCACUGAAUUGAUCUACGUGGACUGCUCCUUAUUAUUUAUGAAACAGAGAGUCCUUAUCAGAUUAGAUAAUCAGAGGCUGUCCACUUACACCCAUUUGUUUAUUCAUCGAUGAUCUAGAUGCCAGUGGCUCAUAUCACGGGCUCCCCUGUCAUCUUGACAUAUACUACAUGCAAUGUCUUCUUCCGUGGUCAUUCCAGCGGACAGCGGAAUCAAAUGGCUCGCAUUGAUGUCAAGAGGUGGAUCCGCGUUCGGUCUUUGGGCACUGUAUCGAGCCAUUAUGACGUGGGCUCGCCUCCGCAUCUGUUUGUUGGUUUGAGGGGGAACAGAUGAGGCGGGCAGAAUUGUAUGCUUAAAGACCAUUCAUUGCCGAAGAAUGGAACUUUGGGUUAGGUGCGCAGAGCGGAGUGAGCAAUCGACGGCGAUUCCGAGAUCGACCCGAAUAACUCCUGUCUCAUACAUAAGGCGGCCUAUUCUUCCAACUGAAUCUGCUCCUCACACUUCCUUCCACUUUCCACUCAGCAUUACUUCUAUCUUAAAUCUUCUCCCGCUUCCAGCGAGUAAUUCACCCUUUGCUCCCCACAAGCCAUGGUUUCUAGGCGCACAAUUUCGUUGCGCAAGACCAUUGCCCCCGCCAUAGUUCUUUUUGCUUUUGGCGGUGCUACAUUCAUGCUUCUAGCCCAAGAAUUCCUUCCCGCAUCACUUUCGCAAUGGCGAUCCGAGCAUAUGGGUGCUACUUUCACCCGCGCACGCUUCGGUGCCGGCGUUGAUGGAUCACACCAAAACAGCUUUGGACACGCCUACGUUGACAACGUCCAGCCGCUUCCAAUACAUGGGCCGCCCAUUCCACCACCAUUGCAGCUCGACUACGAUUCCGACUCUCAGAGCCAAAAGCAACCCUAUGAGUUUCCUGCCGAUAUCCUUCCUGUCAAGACCGAUGUGGACAAGCAAGCGUAUUCGUGGAUUGAGCACAAUCAGAUCGCCAUGCGCGAGCUGUUCUCGUGCAUGGGUGCUGGUACUUGCAAAGAGAAUCAGACGAAUGUUGUACUACUUGCGUCUUACCGUUUCGAAAUGCUCCUUGAGGGCCACAUCGGAGGCGAGGAAAUGUGGGCGCGGUCGACGGUCCUUGCGCUCAAGAACCUCGGCUACACAUACCUCUACACGUACAGUCCCGACCUGUUUGGUGCGGUCGCAUUCUAUCGUCUUUUCCCCGACUUGGUCAAGAUGGUCAUCAUGGAGGGCGAGGAGUCAGAAGUCUGCUUCGGCAACGAACGGUGUGUUCUCGGAUACAAGAAUCCUUACGGAAUCCCUGCUUGGAAGAUCUUUGCCUUCUCUUUCUGGACCGGUGAGGGCCAUCCACUCGGUCGCAAGUGGACUUUGAGUCCUGAGCCGGUGUGUCUUGGUGACUUGCGUUGAAGCCAGGAGCACUGAUCACAUGGACAGUAUGCUCUGGAGCAUUCGUGGUACAGCAAUAACACCUACCUCGGAUAUUCAGUCGAACCUGGAUGCAAGACCGUACCCUAUGUUCCUGCAUCCGAGCGUCCCAAGCAGAUGUACAUCCUGGCGAAACAUCUCAAGUACUUUGUUGCCGAGGAAAACGCUUGGCCUUUGUCUUUCUACGAUGAGGUUUCUGCGGAGACAGGAGCGCGAUUCUUGCUUGGUGCCGAUGGAUACGAACCGGCUGGGUUCCCGAAGAGCAUCGAAAAUGUUGGGUUGAUGCCCAAUAGCGAGUUCUAUAGGGUCCUGGCCAAUUCCUCACUCCUGAUAGGGAUAGGACUGCCUUGGACGUCGCCUACACCGUACGACGCAUUGUGUCUCGGAGUUCCUUUCAUCAAUCCCAUCCUCGGGUGGGAUAAAGCUGACCCGACUAAUCGCGACAAGUGGCAGACGCAACAAGGUCUGUUGAAGAUGUACGAUCCUCCCUACGUCUACAACGUCUUCCGGGACGAUCAGGAAGGCUUCAAAAAGGCUAUAAAGGAUGCCCUCUCCACUCCGAUAGAAAGGCAAGUCUGAGUCUCGAUCUGUGAUACGGGGACUUGACUGCGCGCGCAGCUUUAUCCUUGAACGAAUGAAAAUGGGAGCGAUCGAAGAGCGGCUGGGCUCUAUCUUAUCUCAUGAUUGGAGGUCCGAGGGCGAAGCGGAGCUCAAGCAUCGGAUGGAGACCGGCGAAGGCGAGGUGCGCUCGGAGUGCUAGCUGCAUCUGAGAUGACUGAUCUGUUUUAGUGGUUCACCGUGUAACUCGAUUUCUUCGUGUUCUUUCUUGUGACGUUUCUUGGGCUUACUGUAUGUGGUGUAUAAUUAUAUCAUGCAACCUUGUACUAUUGUUAUCGCAUUCGUUUAUGUACCCCUUGCGCACGUUGAAGUGAUCCCGUAGAUGAUCACAGGUUCCUUCAGAAGGUGAUUGUUCUGGCCUUACUCCAGGUCCGAGGAGCAUACAGGAUGAAUCAAGCACCUUGCCCCACGAGUUCGACACUAUUAUGCAGAGCUUCCUCGAUCAUUCCCUCAUUAAUCGACACUCAUCCGGCGCAAGUGAGCUGUAUAAGGAAGCGUCUUGUACCCAUCCGUCAGAUUGCUAACUGCCCACCUCGAUUCAAGUCACAUUCGUCAGCAGAGGGCCAUCCCACAUCGGUCCAUAGGUCACCUUUCACAAAUUCGUUUGGAAAUUAUGGAAACUGCGCUGCAAUCGCCAGCUGCUAUGAAGCAUCGGUCAAGUCUUGGCAGGUAAUCCGAACAGGGUGCUAACUUCCCAGACUCGUUAUAGCUGCACAUUCUUCACCGAUUGUGCGCCUAGACUGAUAUGUUAUCGUGGUUCUGAGUAAAUUAUUCUGGAGUUUACGGAUGAUUGGUGCUGACUAUCGGUGCACAUUUGAUUUUGGCUUCAACUUUUGAACGAUAUUGGGAAAAGCUGCCAGGUCUGCGUCGGAAUGAAUCACGACUUUGCGGAUGCCCCCGCGUGUGAACGAAGCAACGAAGUUUUCCAAUGCCACGCACUCCCAAAACAAAUCAGGCAACUCUGUGUGCUUGUGAUAUCUUAUCUAAUCUUGUUGGCUCAGUAUCACGAGUGCUUCUGCAAAUUGAAUGAGGACGUCACUGAGUUUGGUGGCUCUCUUGGUCCCUGAGGGAACUUCCCCCACAAGUCACGUGCGAGCAUGCGGACCGGCUGUACAAUGUCCACUAACCGUCGGCCAUUGGCGGGCGCAGAUAUGAUCCCAUUGGUGGUGCAAUGGUCUGCUUCCCAUUCGUCAGCUAGAACGCCUGAGUCUCAGUUAUUCAGGGGGUGUGAGUUCCCCCGUGUGGGGUGGUGCGGGGUAUAUAUGUAGACAGAGGAGUGAAUGCAUCAUCAUUCACUCUCCACCCAUCAUGCUCGAUUUUCAGUCUUCCUUGCUCCUCCCAGCCCUCGCGGCUUUUCCCGCGGCUAUCGCUCUCAUUCAUCUCGCGCUCUAUGUGGCGGAUCCAUGGAGUAUCCGCCGAUACCCCGGGCCCUUCUGGGCCAAAUUCACAGAUGCGUGGUUGGGUCGGGUGUCCCAGCAGGGACACCGCUCCGAAGUCAUACACGAGAUGCAUCACAAGUACGGGCCUUUUGUUCGCAUCUCGCCGUCCGAAGUAUCUAUUGCGGACCCGGAAGCGCUCGCUAUCGUCUAUGCACACGGAAACGGCGCUCUCAAGAGCGGCUUCUACGACGCUUUCGUUUCCAUUGAGCGCGGGCUCUUCAACACCCGGGAUCGCAAACAGCACGCCCGCAAGCGGAAAAUUGUCUCACACAUCUUUUCACAGAAGAGUGUCGUGGAGUUCGAGCCUCACAUUCGGCUCUACGUUGACCAGCUCCUCACGCAAUGGGAGCAACUAUGUCAGCAAGCGGGCAAAGGGGACGCGGCGUCUGGUGCCAUCGGAGAGUGCAGCUGGAUCGCGCGGGAGGGCAGAGUGUGGCUCGACUGCCUGCCAUGGUGCAAUUUCCUCGCGUUUGACAUCAUCGGUGAUCUUGCGUUCGGAGCACCAUUUGGGAUGAUUGAGGCGGCACGAGACGCUGUGCCCGUGCCCGUCGAUGGACCCGAACAAAUUGACUUUGCCGACAAGCCCGAGCACGUGAAACACAUUCCCGCCGUCGCUGUGUUGAAUGGGCGCGGAGAGUAUUCGAUGUCGAUGGGGGUCGUACCCGCUUGGUGGCGGCCGAUCCUUCGCAAGUUCCCAUGGUACUCCAAAGGUCUUCAGGAUGUCCGUUCCCUCGCCGGUAUUGCAAUUGUGGCCGUCGCAAAACGGCUCUCGACGCCCACAGAUCGUGUGGACUUGUUGAGCAAACUCCAGAGCGGGACGGACGACAACGGAAACCCCAUGGGCCGCGCUGAACUUACAGCAGAGGCGCUCACUCUUCUGAUCGCCGGUUCUGACACGACAUCCAACUCAACUUGUGCAAUAAUCUACUAUCUUGCCAAGAAUCCUGAAAAGCAGGCGAAACUUCAAGCCGAGUUGGAUGAGCAAUUGGGAACUGAGGACGAGCGCGUUGUGACCAGUGACCAAGCCAAAAGACUGCCAUACUUGGAUGCAUGCAUCAACGAGGCGUUGCGGCUGCAUUCUACCAGUGCUCUCGGGUUGCCGCGCGUGGUACCCGAUGAAGGGUUGAUUAUCCAUGGGAACAGCUUCGCUCCGGGAACCGUGCUCAGUGUUCCGAGCUUCACGAUUCAUCGCGACCCUGCCGUUUGGGGUGAUGACGUUGAAGCGUUCCGCCCGGAACGCUGGUUUGAGGAAGACAAGGCAGAUAUGAUGCAGAAGGUAUUCAACCCUUUCUCGGUUGGUCCGAGAGCUUGCGUCGGUCGCAAUCUGGCAUCUUUGGAGCUUCAGAUGAUCUGUGGCUCCAUCUUGCGCAGGUUCGACUUUGUACUCCAGGAUUCCUCCGCCAAGCUCGAGACAAGCGAAGGAUUCUUGCGCAAGCCACUGUACUGCAAUGUCGGAAUCAAGAGACGCGAUAUUCUGUGAAAAGGAGGGUGACAGGCUUUGUACAUCCAUCUCCAGCUGUAAUUCAUACUCCCUCUACGCACAGUAUCGAGUUCCCGGUGAUAGCAUCCUGCCCCUCACUCACCAAGGUUCCCGCGAUAACAGUCCAUCGUUGUUGUGCCUUGUCCGUGCUCAAGAGCGCAGGUUAACCAAGGAGGAUGUCUACUGUGCAAACGGUCUCUAGUAGCUCCGAGGGUCGAGAGUAGACGUUGCCAAGGACUGUUGUUGCUCCAUUAUAUUGGUUUCAGAACUAAGCAGUGGGAGUUGUGAAUCAGUUUGCAGUAAGGCAUGACUGAAGGAAUGGGGCGCAGUGCUUAAUUCCUGGAAUCGCAAGUUGAAGAAGGGCAUUAAGUAGGGGAAGGAAUUCACGGCUUGGAUGUGUGUGGUGGCCGGUCAGUUGAGGAUCGACAGUCGAGACCGUUAUAAUCAUGACUCUGAGCAGAUGUGCUACCACUAUCCAACCGUCCGUGGUUCGCUAGUUUAGUGGUUAUAACGUUCGCUUUACACUGCGUUCGCGAAAGGUCCUCGGUUCGAUCCCGGGGCGAAUCAAUGUUUUGUUGGUCGUGAUGUGUUAUGCUCACUUUCAAUCCAGUCGUGAUGAAUUGAAUUCAUCCUCGAUAUCGUCAUGCCCUAGCCCUCUCUUGGCUCAUGUGCACAAUGUCUGUAUGCCCGAGCUCUUCCUCAUUUUGAACUAGUGAGAAAUACUUUUCGAACAUUUAUAAAUCUACUUACUCGAGGGCCAUCGAUGGGAAAAGCUUUGAUCGUAAUCCAA